UUUGAACUGUUUACAUCGAAAUGAAGUCAAAUAUCAUUACAUUUUUGUCCGUGUUAAUCGCUCUGUCACUGGUUGGCCAGAGUUUGGCAUGUGAUAUGAAGAAACAGAAUAAAACCAGUCGUGCUAAACGUGAUAUGAGUGACAUGGUUGUGCAAGGGGUUGCUACAGCCGUGGGCGUAAUUCAGCAGGGCGCAGCCAUCAAAGGGAAUUGGUCUGUAAAAUCUGGUGACAAGGAGAUGGGGCAUAGUUAUAAGGCGGGAACUGGAGAUGCAAUGAAAGAUGAGGAGCCAUCGAGUGAACGUCGCAAACGAAGCACAGAGAAUGAAAAAGUUGCAUUCAAACAUGGCAAUGUUAUGAGGGAAGAUAGAAAAAGUGGUGUUGUACGUGAAAAACGCAGCUCACAUCCCAAAUUUAUGCCAGUCGAAAUGGUUAAAUCUCUGGCCGAUACGCUUCUGCGAUCAAAACGACAGACUGAUGGUCAACAAAUGCCUGGAAUAUCUGGUGGUACCAGUGGUUCUUUUGUUGAUAGUAUGAAAAAAAUCUUCAACAGCGCAAUAGCAUUGGGCAAACAGUUGUUCGCAACCGUUCAACAACACUUUAAGGGACAGCAAGACGGACAAAAAGGAAAUGCUGAAACAAUGCAAUAAUUUGAUUUAGAUUUCGUUUCUUUGCUUCUUUCUGUGUGAGUGAUUUUGAAAUGCCAGAUUAAAACCUACAUUCAA